AUGAUGAAAACGUCAACAAUAUGUGCCGUGUUCCUUGGUUUGAUAUUAAUUUCUCAAUACCCUUUCGCCGCAAAUGCCAGACCUAGUGUUGGAUUGCACUCAGGCCUAAUCUCCACCGUUUGCAGCGCUUCAUCCAACAAAGCACAAUGCGACGACAUCCUCGGAUCAAAUCCUCAUGCCGCACAUGCGAAUAGCUUCGGACAACUCGCAAAGGCUGUUCUCCAAAUGGCAUACGAAAAAGCCUCCGCAGGACAGACUUUUCUCAAGGGAUUAGCAGCAGCAACCAACUGUCCAGCACUCACACAGUGUGCUAAUUUUGAUUAUGAUGGUGCUGUUAUGUCUUUCAGAAGCUCUCUUGAAGAGUUGAAGGAAGAUCCUCAAACUGCUAAUUAUGAUGCUAAGGUUGCUAGUGAUGGACCUGCUCAAUGUGAUAGAGGAAUGGUUGCUGGACAUGUUGUUAACCCACAAGUUACUGAACUUAACCGUCAGAUUACUUUUUAUAGUGAAUUGGCAUUCCUAGUCACUAAUAACCUUUGA